CUUGACAGCUAGCGUGUUAGCCAUUUAGCAGACAGUUGCUCAUCGCUGGAAGUGUCAAGCCAACAUGUUUGUCAAAUAGAUGAAUCGCUUUAACUGCAUUUUGGGCUGUAGUUUUUGGUCACGACUAGAGGAUGUUUUCUUCAACUUGGAACUUUAUCAAACGCCACAAAAGAAAGUUUAUUUUCGCCGGUGCAGUAGUUGGUGGAGUGUACUUCCUAGGUAAAUAUGCACAGAGGAAGAUCAGGGAGAUCCAGGAGAGAGAAGCAAAUGAGUACAUCGCUCAGGCCCGAAGACAGUUCCACUUUGAGAGCAACCAGAGGACCUGCAACAUGACCGUGUUGUCCAUGCUUCCGUCUCUAAAAGAGGCCAUUGUGACUCAGCUCAACUCUGAGAGUCUGACUGCGCUGCUUAAGACCAAACCUGCUAACAAGUUGGAAAUCUGGGAGGACCUUAAAAUAAUCAGCUUUACUCGUACUAUUGUUGCUGUCUACAGCACGUGCAUGUUGGUGGUCCUACUUCGAAUCCAGCUUAACAUCAUCGGAGGAUACUUGUAUCUCGAUAACUCUGCCAACAAAAACACUAUGGCGCCCCUGGCUCCUCCUGAUGUCCAGCAGCAGUAUCUGUCCAGUAUCCAGCAUUUAUUAGGAAACGGUUUGAUUGAACUUAUGACAGUUGUAAAGAAAGCUGUGCAGAACUCACUAGAGAGUGUGUCCCUGAAGCAGAGCCUGUCUCUGCUGGAGCUGGAGCAGCAAAUCAGUUGGAUUAGAGCUGAGGUGGAGGGCUCUGAGCGUCCUAUGUCCUGGUACAUGUUAGCAGACGACCAGGAAGCUCUUGCAGACCAGGCCUGUGGUUUGACUGAAAACGAUGUGAUGACAAUCCGCCUCCUGAAUGAGACAAGGGAUCUGCUGGACAGCCCAGACUUUACAACAGUCCUUCACACCUGUAUGAACCGAGGUUUCUCUCGUCUCCUUGACAACCUGGCCACAUUUUUCAGAUCUCCGUCUGUGGAGUCGGAUCCCAACGCCGCACCUGAAAGUUUGUCUGCAGUCAGUUUACCACUGGCGAAGAUCAUUCCCAUUAUUAACGGACAGAUCAACACUAUCUGCAGCGAAACACCCAGUCACUUUGUCCAGGAUUUACUGUUGAACGACCAGGUAAAAGAGUUUGCAGCUAGCGUUUAUGAGACUUUCAGCAUGCCCCAGGAGCUUCAGAAAUAGCAACACCUUUAUUACAAAAGGACUAUAAAACAAAGACUAUUCCCCCAGGACACAAAAGAAAAUGCACAGUGACCAUGGACCACUGCAACAUGGCAAAUGUAGUCCUAUUGAACAAACAGCUGCUACAGUCAAUAGAUGAAGAUUUCCUUGUAAUUUACAGAUUUUAUGAGUUUCGUAUUAACUCUGGUGAAUGUGCCGGCUUAUUGCCAGCAGAAAAGCUAAUGUACGAUAUGUACUUGCUUUGAGUGUAUGAUUUAGGGACUUGUUUUGUAAUUUUUAUAGUUUUAAUACACAUUUUGUAAAGUUGUAAUGGGAGGUUGUAACAUUGUAAUGAUGCUGACCAAUUCAAAGAAAAAAUAAAUAAUAUUCUUGUCAAAUUCU